AUGGCAUGGAUUCGAAUCAUGCUGCUACUAGCAGCUUGCUUGCUUCCUCUAUCAGUGGAAGCCAUGGUUCGCCACUACAAGUUCAACGUGGUAAUGAAGAACGCCACAAGAUUGUGUUCAACCAAGCCCAUAGUAACCGUAAAUGGGAAGUUCCCAGGCCCCACCAUCUAUGCUAGGGAAGAUGACACGCUUAUAGUAAAAGUGGUUAACCAUGUCAAAUACAAUGUUACCAUCCACUGGCAUGGGAUUAGACAGUUGCGGACGGGCUGGGCCGAUGGGCCAGCAUAUAUAACCCAAUGCCCAAUACAACCGGGCCAGGUCUAUGUACACAACUUCACCGUCACUGGACAGAGAGGGACACUUUGGUGGCAUGCACAUAUCCUCUGGCUUAGAGCAACUCUAUAUGGUGCCUUAGUCAUUAUGCCCAAGCUUGGAGUUCCUUACCCUUUUCCCAAGCCUCACAUGGAACAAGUUAUCAUAUUGGGUGAAUGGUGGAAAUCAGAUACUGAGGCUGUGAUAAAUGAAGCUUUGAAUUCUGGGUUGGCCCCAAAUAUCUCUGAUGCCUACACAAUCAACGGCCAUCCCGGGCCUGUUCCUCAUUGUACUUCACGAGAAGGAUUCAAAUUCCAAGUUGAACUUGGAAACACCUACUUGCUAAGAAUAAUCAACGCUGCAAUGAAUGAAGAUCUCUUCUUUAAGAUUGCUGGUCAUGAUGUCACUGUUGUUGAAGUUGAUGCUUCCUACACAAAACCUUUCAAAACUAACACCAUAGUUAUAGCACCUGGCCAGACAACAAAUGUGCUUCUAAAAGCCAACCGUGCUAUUGGUAAAUAUUUAGUAGCUGUCUCUCCCUUCAUGGAUUCUCCAAUUGUAGUGGAUAAUGUGACUGCCACUGCCAUAUUACACUAUUCAGGCUCCCUUGGUUCCACUUUGACCACCCUCACUUCCCUUCCUCCCGAAAAUGCUACCCCAGUUGCUACCAAUUUCACAAACUCCCUCAGAAGUCUGAACUCUAAAAAGUACCCUGCUAGAGUCCCAACAAAGGUUGACCAUUCCUUGUUCUUCACUGUCAGUCUUGGUUUCAACGCUUGUCCUACUUGUGUGAAUGGUACUAGGUUUAUUGCAGCUAUGAACAAUGUUACCUUUGUGUUGCCUACAGUUUCUCUCCUUCAAGCACAUUUCUUUAACAUAAGUGGAGUUUUCUCUAGUGAUUUUCCUAGAAAACCUCCAAUAGUCUAUGACUUCACAGGGAAACAACCAACAAAUUUCAUGACCACAAUAGGGACAAGGGUCUAUAGACUCCCUUACAACUCUACAGUUCAAAUAGUCUUGCAAGAUACUGGAAUGAUAGCACCUGACAACCAUCCUAUUCAUCUCCAUGGACACAAUUUCUUUGUUGUUGGUAAGGGACUAGGGAACUUCAACCCUAAAUGGGACACCAAAAAGUUUAACCUUGUGGAUCCUGUGGAGAGAAACACGGCUGGUGUUCCAUCUGGUGGAUGGGCUGCUAUCAGAUUCAGGGCUGAUAAUCCAGGGGUGUGGUUUAUGCAUUGCCAUUUGGAAACUCAUAAAACAUGGGGACUGAAGAUGGCAUUUGUGGUGGACAAUGGUAAAGGACCAAAUGAAUCUCUACUACCACCUCCAAGUGACCUACCCAAGUGUUGAAAAGAGUACUGAUUAACAAUCUUUGCCCACGGAGAAAG